CUUGGAUCGCCAGCGAACAUUUUUGUUACUUCGCGGCCUGCAGUGCUGCCUUGCCCGCCUUCUCGAGCAUCUAGUCAGACAGGAUUGACGGAAAGCCCUAAAAUUGUUGGCUUCAUGCCUUGCUCACAGCCAGUGUCGUGUCAAUACGGCUAUCAUUGGGCCAAGGGAUCCCCAAAGCUCACCACAUAAGACACCUGGAUUAUAUUAAAUGCCCCUCCUUCUGCCGUCAUCGUCAGUCGGCCACUGCCGACACCGGCCGGCUAGAAAAUCAAAGCCUGAGCUGACAUCCUUUACAACGGCAUCAUGAAUGGGGCAACAUGGCUAGCCGGGGGAUGGCGGUCUGCCUAGUCUUUCUGCAAGCUGCAAUGCCAUCGGACCUAGUCAACACUCGCACUCUCAUUCGUUCAAGCCAUCACAUAAGCUACCUGUCUGAUGGCCAAAAGUGACAUGGGUGUCGCUGAACCUUGUCGAGCCUCGCCGUCCUCGUCUGUCGUCGUCGUCCAACCUCGUCUCUUGGCUGCAGUUGCACUACGCACACUGGGUGGCGUAUGCCUCAUCUUCCGAUUUCGAGUCAACAUUGCGCCUUUGGCUGCCGUGUCGCCAUUCGGCCGAGACUUAAUCAUUCAUCUACACACACCACAGGACUCGUCCUACAUCAGCGUCCUCACCUAUCCCAUCGAGCUCUCCUCCAGCCACUCAAUGAGCUCCAGGUUCUUCCCAACUGCUAGGCUGCAUCUCCAAGAUCGCCUUUCCUCGUAUCACACACUUGGCGUACUCAUCCUCUACACCCUACUCAAGAUCCUCCUCAUGGAUCAGGCCGCGGCCGGUCUGCUGUCCACAUGGCCCAAGACUACUGCAAGCCGCAGUGGAGAUCGCCAACCUCUGUUGGUCGACGAGCAGAGAUGUCAUCUCAUCCUUCGCCCUCUGCUUCCUCUUCUCCUCACCUGUCCGCCUGCAGGCAGACCGGGUAUGCCGGCCACCUGUUCAUGGCCUCAAGAUAUAAGCUUACCCAGCCAUCUCUUCUUUGCCUGAACCUUUUCUCCUUGUUUCUCUAUCCUCUUGCAGCCCUCACCAGUCUCUUUCCAUCUCCCAGCCAACCACUUAUUCGUGGUCUUGAGCUAUCAAGUAACUCGUUCGUUAAGGU